UUAUAUCUCUGUAUCUCUAGGCUUUACAGGUCCAACAUGUCAGACAAACAUCAAUGACUGUCACAGUUCUCCUUGCCACCAUGGAGAAUGUGUGGAUGGCAUCAACAGCUACAGAUGCAACUGUAAUCCUGGCUAUACAGGUUUCCUCUGUCAGACUCCAAUCAACGAGUGUCUGAGCAACCCUUGUCAACAUGGCGGCUUCUGUGAGGACCUCAUCAAUGGAUACCAGUGUCGUUGUCGUCCCGGAACAUCUGGACCAAAUUGUGAACAUAACGUUAAUGAGUGCUUUACUAAUCCAUGCCGCAACGGCGCCACCUGUGAGGAUGGAAUCAAUUCCUAUUCAUGUGUUUGUGCAGCUGGUUUUAUAGGUGUUCACUGUGAAACAAACAUUGAUGAAUGUGCCAGCAGUCCUUGUGCAAAUGGAGGUAAAUGUAUUGAUCUGGCAAAUGGAUUUAAAUGCGACUGUCCCAGAGGGUAUUUUGAUGCACGGUGUCUUUCGGAUGUGAACGAAUGUGAAAGCAAUCCUUGUUUUAAUGGUGGCACUUGUGAAGAUGAAGUCAACAAAUACAUCUGUCACUGCCCUCAAGGUUAG